UCAAACAGUAGAAAGCCAUUGCUAGGUUAUUACUUUUUAGUUAUCUUUCAUCAUGAGUUCCCUGUUUUUUUGCGAACCUCCGCUCGGUCCUGUCUGCAGCGGCUCCGGCGCGGUGACCAGCGCCCUGCGGAACGACCUGGGCUCCAACAUCCAUGUGCUAAAAACCCUCAACCUGCGCUUCCGGUGCUUCCUCGCCAAAGUCCACGAGUUGGAGCGGAGGAACAAGCUGCUGGAGAGCCAGCUGCAGCAAGCUCUGCAGCGGCCGCAGUGCCGACACCCGUUCGGCCGGGAGGUCGCCGUGCAGGACCGACGGUCCGAGUCCAGGCUGCCGGGUACCAUUUGGAGUUUCACCCACAUCCGGAGGCAAGGAGAGCGUUUCGAGACCCUGCACGGUCCCGGGGUGACGUGGACGCACCCGGACGGAGUCGGGGUGCAGAUCGACACCAUCACCCCAGAAGUGAGGGCUCUGUACAACGUGCUGGCUAAAGUGAAGCGAGAGAGAGACGAGUACAAGAGAAAAUGGGAGGAGGAGCUGUCCAAGCGAGAGCAACUGGAAUCCACUGUGGAAUCCCUACAGCAGAGCGCCCAGGAGUCGUCAGAGAUCCAGGAUGAGCUGAACGAGAAGGUGGACAGACUGAAGGCUGAGCUCGUGGUCUUCAAGAGCCUGAUGAGUGACCAAAUGACUGACCUGGACUCAAAGAUCCAGGAGAAAGCCAGGCGGGUGGACAUGGACAUCUGCAGGCGUAUUGACAUCACAGCCAAGCUGUGCGACGUGGCUCAGCAACGCAACUCGGAGGACAUGUCGAAAAUGUUCAACGUCAGCCCCGCCAGGUCGCUCCCAGAGAAGGGUGCUGCAGCGUGCUGCAGGAGAAAGGAACGUAAGACCGUCUCCGAUGAGGAGAACUCGGAGAUGGACGCUGAGCCAAGCACUUCUGAGGAGGAGGUUCCUGGAUCGCUCAACAUCACUGACGAGAUGAAACGCAUGCUCAACCAGCUGCGCGAGACGUUUGAAAUUGACGACGACUGCGACAGUCUGACGUGGGAGGAAAAUGAGGACACUCUCUUGCUCUGGGAGGAUUUCACAAACUACAACAUCCCGUGCACCAUCGCUGCAACGACCUGCGCGGCAGCCUGCCCCUGCGAAGGCAGCGCCGAAGCGGCUGAUCCCGAUUCCCAGGAUGGAAGUCUUGGCAGCCUCAUUGAUGAAACGGAGACCCUAUUUAAGAGCAGGGAGAAGGAGUACCAGGAGACCAUCGGACAGAUUGAGAUGGAGCUGGCCACAGCAAAGAGCGACAUGAACCGACAUCUGCAUGAGUACAUGGAGAUGUGCAGCAUGAAAAGGGGCCUCGACGUGCAGAUGGAGACCUGUCGGCGGAUGAUUAAAGGCGGCAGGAACUCUCCUUCUUUCAGCUCGGUUGCCAGCAGCGACUCAGGGAACACAGAUGAGAUCCAGGACGAGAUCUCGGAUAAAGACGCAGAGACUGAAGUCCCGCUCAGUUGAUGGCUGCACAGCUGGCAUUUGUUCCAUUUCCUGUUGUCUGGCUCAAUUAGUCAUUGGAAUUUAAAUAUGAGCAAAAUGUCAUCCUGGCUGGGGGUGGAACAAGCUUAACAUGGUGCAGGCUCUGAACUGGUGCUUUUAUACUGUUUUUGCUGUUUGGAAAGUGGUGGUGGGGGGUGUCUUUGCUUCGUAAAUGCAGACACCAAGCUGUGCUCUCUUUCUUGCUGCUGAUUCCAGGGCUUCAAAUCAUUUUGCAGAGGAGAAAAAAAAUAUUUUAAACAAGCUGAAAAGUAUUUUCUAUCCAGUUAAGAUCCUUUUUUUCUAAAGGAAUUAAAUACAGUACAUAUUGUACUCCUCCAUUCACCAAAAUGAUUACUAUACAUCUCUUAGAUUGAGAAAUGUUUUGUUGCCCCUGAUUGAAAUACUCCCUUGAUUUUGUGUGAUCUGAACACAGGUGUGGCAUUUAAAGUCCAAAUUGAAGUGUUGCGGUUUUAGUGUCUUCUGUCAGGAAGACAAAGAAAAGAGGAGACAAAUGGUGUUGAAGUUCUGCUUGUUUCUGAGGGAGGGAACUCUGCAGGCUUGCCAAAGUCGACAGAGGGAAGGAGCACAGCCUUUUUUGUAAAUGCACCGGUGCACUACUGAAUUCUAUGCAACUUAGCGAGCCUUAUUCUGUUUUGGACUGGCUAUCACCCGUUUUAGCUUCUUUUACAGACAUUUGCCUCUUUUAAGGAAAGCAGGUAUUUUUUUAUGUCGUAUUGUAUUUGUUGGGGGCGUCAACUGGAACAGAGCCCCUAAAAUACUAUAGUACACUGCUUUGCAAAAGUGUUCAUAACCGUUGAGGUUCUUCAUGUUUUGCCACACUCCAACCAAAAAUGUUAUUGUUUCAUUGGGAUUUUAUGUGAUAGGCCAUCACAGGAGGUCCAUAAUAGUGAGUUACAUGUAAUAUCAUACAUUUUCAAAUUACAAUUUUUGAUUUUUUAGCAGCAGUAAAUGUGAAAAAUGUACUGUGCAGCUGUAUUCUGCUGUUCUGCACCGAUACUUUGCAGAGCCACUUUUUUUUACAGCUUUACACACAUUCAAAUUUGCAAAAUGGUCCAAACUGAGUACGAUUUUACAGAGUAUCUGUAAACAUCUAUUUAUAGAUUGAUGUUUAUGCCAAUCUAUAAGUUACACAUGCCGAAAGUUACAUAUCGGCAUUUGUAACUUUCCACAGUUAUUCAAUAAAAGUGUCACAGCAUAAUGCUGUGGGAAUGAGCACAGAAGCAUGAGCAUAGAAGAUGUUUUCAGUGAUAGUUUUCCGCACUAAAAUUGCUCAUAUCCAAAAAAAACCCCCAAAACUUAAAUUUUCAUCUGAUCUUCUAUAAAUGCCAGAUUUGUGGAGAACACAAAUAAAAACUAAUAAUUGACCUGUAAAGUUUGUGUCUCCCUGCAGCUGCUUAAAGUUACCGUAGAUCUCGUGGUUGCAUCAUACUCCAUUCAUUUGAGGAUAAUUGACUGAACAGAGCUCCCCCAUUCUAACAAUAUGUGUAUUUUAUAAUCUAAAAUACAGGUUUUAUUAAGAGUAAUGGGGGUUGAAACUCAUAACUCUUCAGAUUUGUAUUUUUUUCAUAACUGGCAAACCAAACGUCAUUUUCAUUUCACUUGACUACUUUGUUUUAGCUUUUCACAUAAAACCCCAAUAAAACACAUUGAUGUUGUUGACUGUAUUGUGACAAAAUUUGAACAAAGUUUAAAAGUAUGACUACUUAUGCAAGGACAGAGUAAGGCCAGGUGUUGCUUGCUGCUGAAGUAGGCAGUGCUCUGCUCUGAUUCAGAUAUGCUUCAUUAAAGAAAAGCCACUCGUCGCUUGAAAAUGAGAAAGACAGAGGAGUUGGAUUGUAAGAACCUAAAUCACUAAUGGUAAACAACUCCUUUCAGCUUUUCAUGCUAAACCAAAGGGCAUAUUUCACAUUAAGCUAAAUAAAAUACAUUUCAGCUGCUUUACUUUAGGUGAUUGUUGUCCAUAUCCUGCUGUUCUGGAGAGUCCUCUACAGGAGAGCAGAUUCCACUUAGUGCUUAGAUUUUUUUAGAACAGGGCUAGAAACAUCGGCCUGUACAUGAGCUCUGCCAGCAUGUGAUCGUAUAUACCCCAGAGGCCUUUUGUGUUUAUGCUAACUCAUUUUGCUGCAGUUUGAGGAAAUAAUCCAGCACAGAAACUAAUCAACGGAUAGAGAGAGAAUGAAUGUUGUUUUUUUUGUUUCAAUCAUCUGUUCAUUUUAGAUUUUGAGUGUGAUUUACUGGAUCCAAGAUUAAGUGAUACUUCUAUCUUGAAGUUUUCGGGGGCAGAAUAUUCUGAAGCAUGCUGAUGUGCAGAAAAGAAGUUAUGUGUCUUUUCUAAUAUAUAUUUUGAGCUAAAAAGCUGCAAUACAGACUGUGUACUGUCUGUCAUAUUUGUUACAAAACUAUUUGUGGCGAAAGGUGUAUUUUCUUUAACCAGACUGUGUUAACCAUUAGACUGUGUCGCUAUAUUAAGCUUUUAAUAACUUAAACAUAUUUGUUGCAAUUAUUUCUCAAUUACUAACACAAAACAAUACAAAAUUAACACAUGAAAACAGUGAAAAACAGCCUCUGCUAGUUGUCUUCAGAUGAUAUGAAACCAGCCUGAUGAGAAACAAAGAGCCAUUCUGUUUUUUCUACUGGACUGUGUGAAACCACUAUUUAACACUGUAUGGCCGCAGCAACCACGAACGGCAGGUCUGAGGUUUUUCUCGCUCAUCUGAUCAUCACACUAACCAGCCAACCAAAGCAAUCAUGUACAGCAACGUGAUGAAAUGAUUCUGACUCUGGAAAGUUGCGCAGACUCAGUCUCAGUGCACAUGCCAACCACACAGGGUUUUCCCAACAUCCAGUAUCUCCUGUAAACUACUGGAUGUCAGGUAAAACAUCUCCACUUUGCCACUACUUAAAGCAGGUUUCCCUCAUUUUAGUUCAAAAAGCCGUAGCGACUCUCAUUUGUUGAAUGUAGCUUGGUUGGAAGCCUUUAAAGACCUUAAAAUAAUGUAGCUGUUGAAAACACAGGGACACAUGACGUUUGGUUAUCUGCUGAGAACUUCAGUGUGAGUUUUGCUUUACUGAACGGGUUCUCAAGCUUACCACCAACAACGCGUAUGUAAAUUUGCUGGAUGUGAAUGUUUCAUAUAAAAGAAAAAAAAGG